AUGGCACACAUGACGAACCCGCUGGCAACUGCCGAGCAAUUGUACCAGCGCAACAAUCUCAGCUCUCUCCCAAAUGACUUGCAAGAUGUCAUACUUUAUGUGACUCAAUCUCUGACACAGGCCGCGGGUGUCCUUCUCCAAUUGCCUCAGUCUGCCACGGCACAAGCGAACGUGAUUCUUGCCAGAUAUUGGCUGGCAGAGUCUCGGCCUCUUCUCACAACUGAGUUCAGUGAUGUCUCAGCCGCCUGUGUAUUCCUUGCUUCCAAGCUCGGCUCUCGUGCUCGCUCACCGCGGGACAUCUCAAAUGUCUACGCAUACCUGCUGUCCAACAGCUCGUCCUUCAUGAGGAGCAAGGGCACCCAGCCGCCUGUAGAAGAUCCCUCGUCUUACUACCUGAGCGAUGCGGACUACUUUGCCUUUCACAACCGUGUUCUAGCACUGGAGGCGCGGAUUCUUUACACUCUGUCCUUUGACACGCACGUGGCUCUGCCUCAUCCCCUGGCCGUCACGUAUCUCCAAACUUUGGAUUUCUGCAACCAGCCAAAGGAGAGAAUAUCGAGGCGAACGAUCGAGUAUCUCAAUACAGCACUGCUCUCUCCGCAACUUCUCUACUUGACACACCAGCCGAACAUGCUGGCAGUCGCGGCCAUCUACAACGCCGCCAAGGACGUUGGAGCAAAGAUGCCAGAGUGUGAGUGGUGGGAAGUCUUUGAUGUCGAGCGAGAGGAGCUCGGAUUCCUCGUGGUUGCCAUGCGCAGCCUCGAGGGGUGGGUGAACAAGCAGCGGGAGGAGCUUCCGUGGAUGGCAGACGGAAUGGUCACACGCAAGGCAGUGCAGACAGAGCUGCUGACAAGAGGUAUUCACAAUGGCAAUGGCGGCCAGGUUGAGGAUGAGGAGGCAGCGAUGAUGAUACAGAUGGACAGAACGAUGGACCAGGCAGAUUCUCGGUCCUGA